UCGAUGACAAUUAACCAAUGCAUUCAACGACAUUGGCAGAUUUAUGCUUUUUGUUAUUUCUGAUAUGCAUAUCAUCCGGUGUUCGAUCAUCAUUGUUCAAUUGAGAAUAAAGAAAAUAGGUUAAAAAUCUGAGUACCGCGAUUCGCAGCAAUACCAUUGUGAAAUUGCAUCUUUUUUGAAUUCUUAUUGAAGAGUACAACAAAUCAUCAUGUCGAGUCCGUCGUUGAAAGACCUGCCAAAAGUAGCCUUAGAUUUGAAAAGCGAAUUGGAAGGUUUCAAUCAUGGCUGUAUGAAAAAAGCCUCAACUGCUGAAAAGAAUGUUCUACCUUCUGCUGAAGACGUACGACAAGAACGACAGCAUUCUGAAUUAAUCCACGAUGUGGAAACAUUUAAACCAGAUCAAUUGAAACACGCCGAUACGAAAGAGAAGAUCAUAUUACCCAAUGCCAAAGAUGUAGCUGCGGAGAAAACUCAACAAACGCUGAUGUCAGGCAUCGAGACAUUCGACCCGAGUAGUUUGAAGCACACUGAAACUCAAGAAAAGAAUUUGCUACCUGACAUGGAUGCAAUCCAGCAGGAAAAAGGAAAGCAACAGCUGAUCUCUGGUAUUGAAAAUUUCGAUCCCGCGAAAUUAAAACAUGCAGAAACACUUGAGAAAAAUCCCUUGCCUACCAAAGAAGCAAUUGAUGCAGAAAAAAUAGCUGCUUAAAGCAAGCAUUUAAAAUAAAAUGAACGGAAAAGAAAGGGAGCGGCGACUCGUCAUUUCUUCCAUUUUCGAUAUUGUGACAUUUUAUAACAAUUAUUCAUACAUUGUCAACAAGAAAUAAGGAGAAUGCGAAAUACUGUGUUAAUGUAAUCUUAUGAUUAUACUUAUACUACCGCCAUGAGCGUCCCUUUCGGCGAGAUGCACAAGUCGAUUUUUACAUAAAACUAUUAACAGCAGAACGACGAUGAAGAUCCAAAUCCAAAUUUAAAAAAAAAAAUUUGAUAAACUUUUACAAGCUAUCAAUUUGAUUCCUAACGUUACCAGCAAUAAAUAACUUUGGAUUUGUAUCAACAUCUGUCUUUAAUACUAACUCGCCAAAGGAUGUACUUUUUAUACUAAGAAAACUGCACGCAAGCAAACAUUAUUUUCGAUAGCAACAAAAUUGGUAGCAUUGCAUGCGUUACAGAAUAUCGCAAUGGUACAGCGGUUGACUUUAUAUUUGUGUAAAAAUCAUAUUUUAUAUAACAGGCUAUUGUACUUUUUUAAUAUUUCGUACACAUCGCAUUGUCAUUCCGAUGAAAAUUAUGAUGAAUAAAAAAAAAUAAUUUGUAA